GUACUAUGUUUCCGUACUCUAAAUGGGGACGGAUGAAACUAUUGAAGAUUAUAUGGAAAGUUCUUCCGUCAAACUGUCCAAAAAUGCGCUUCAACAUUACCAGUGCAAGGUUUGCUCGGAAGGCAUUUUUGUCACAGCGAAAAUGCAGAAUUCCUUAAUCAACUCAUUUUACGGGGUAAAGCUGGAUGUUUUAUUCAGAUUGACCAUAUGAGUCCUGUAUUCUGACUAAAAUUAAAUAGCGGCUGUCGAUGUGAUUAAUGGGCUGAAGGUCGAUAAUAUGAUGUACUUCUGUCGUAUAUUUUGUGGAUUGAAUAAACAACAUAGUACUUAGCAGAUUUAGAGGGACUUCAGGAUCCUCAAUGUCAUUCAGACACAAACCUGAGGGACAAAUGGGUUGCUAAAUCUAUCUAAUGAAUUUAGGAGUACACCCAUGGGUGUACUUAAAAAAAAAUAAAGAUGAUAGUUUAAAGCUUCAAAAUGACCUGAGAAAUUAUUUGAAUGGUCUAGAAUUUGGUGGUUAUCGACAAAUAUGAUGAUAAAUAUUAGUCCCCAAAGUACAGAUACAUACACAGUGAAUAACACUGAACUACCUGUUGCCCAGACACACCUUGGCUAAAAAUUCAUCGUUGACCAAGACUUAAAAACUAUUGCACACUGCCGUAUGAUAGCCCCCAAAGGUUUUAGAAUCCGAUGAUCAUUAUGUAGAGCCUUUAGCUAUGUCGAUGCUAAAAACCUUUUGACUUUUUAUAGGUUAUUCGUUCGUCCUACACUCGAGUACUGCAUACGAGCGGCUGUUUCUUGCCUAAAAGGAGACAGUGAGCUAUUGUGAAAGGUUCGAGCAACUGCAACUAAGCUGAUUCCUAGAAUAGAAAUGCUCCCAUUUGAUACUCGACUGGCUAAACUAAGCCUAUUUCCAUCGUCAUAUAGAAGAACUAGAGGUGACUCGAUCGCAAUUUUCAGAUUACUUAUCGGUAAAUUCGCAUCCGAUAUGCGCUCACUUAUCUUGUCCUCCAAAUCAGUGGAUUUACGAGGACAUUAAAAAAGUUCACAAGGUCAGAACAAAUUAUUUGUCAGCUGAUUAUCAACUUUCCCACCAAAUCAUCAACGAAUGGAAUUCGUCUUCCAACAGGUGAUUGAAGCUCUAUCUGUCGAUGCUUUCAAAAGGAACUUGGGUCGACUGAGAGACCGCCAUUGCCAGAACUAACACAGGUCAUCAAGCCUCAUGUACUUCUGAGGUAUGCCUUUCAAUGACAGACACUGCCGCAAAACCUCUCGGUCUACAGAGUCAAAUGCUGCUUUUAAGUCAAAAGAGACCACCAUUGUCGGACGCCGAUAAGUAUGCCUAUGUUCUAGAACCUGACGAAUGGUAAAUAUGUGGUCGAUGCAGCCAAGACCAGGUCUGAAGCCAGCUUGAUUCUCUCGUGUUUGCAGUUCACGAGUCUUAGUUAGGCGUCCGAUAAUUAUCGAGGCUAGUAUUUUAGAUACUAUAUUUGUUAAACUAAUCCCUCUAUGGUUGUCACAGGAUGAUUUUGACCCUCUCUUAUAUAUUGGGACGAUAAGUGAUUGUGACCAGUCAAAUGGAAUAACGUCUGACUCCCAGAUCUUAGCUAAAAUAUUAGUCAACCUAAUCGCUAAAAUUGGACCAUCAUCCUUAGAGACCUCUGGAGCCAAUCCAUCUGGACCAGGUGCCCUUCUUCGUAUCAAAUUAACUAUGGCCUUUUAAACUUCAGCUAGAGUUGGGGGACCUACUUCAAUGUCCCAUUUACACUGUCUAUGAAUGGAGGGUAGUUGUAGAGUAGCUGAAUGCCAGCUGAACCGUUCUCCAAAAUGUUCCGUCCAUCGUUCUAGACGUCUGGACUGGGAGCAGAUAAGAGAGUCGUACUAUAUCCUUAUAUGCAAUCUUUCCUUUAUAUAUUGCAUCAUUGAGUUAAUUGUUUCUAUGAAUUUGGUGUUCAUCUUGCUGUGCUAAUGAGGUGUGGCAACUUGGACUGAUGCACAUAUGUGCCUGGUCCUACGUUGUAACUGACUGACUGACCUUUCCAAUCCGAAACAAAUCCUGGCGUUGCCCAAUGGUCCUCCAUAAAUUAUAGUCUCACUGUCUAGUCUUUUAUUGGAUUCACUAACUUAGGUUUAUCGUUCGCCCGUUAAAGUUUUACUAUGAAUCUAGAACACUUCGGACAAUAAGUCACUAUUAAGCGAUUAAGUUCAACACUUUAUUAAUUGGCUUGAAAACCCUAUUUGAUUUUCCUUACAGAUGUUCCUACUUUCAGUGGUGUAAUCGGUGCUUGUGGCUACACUACUGUGAUAUGAUUGACGACAUAGCUAAUAUUAUUCCUCAGUUAACACAUGGUCUUCAUAAAGGUCAAAUGGGAAGAAUUGCUGUAGUGGGAGGAUCAAAAGAGUCAGUUCAUUCAUGUAUUGUUGAUAGUUAGCAGAUAUACUGGAGCACCAUACUUUUCCGCUAUCAGUGCUUUGUAUUGUUUCAUGUAUCCUGAGUUGAUCGUUCAUCCUGUUCUGUAAUUCUCUGUAUAAACAGUCCAUAUUACUACCUAAUUUCUAGGGAUGGAGUUCUAGCAGAAGCGACCAAAUGCAUGGACAGAGUUCAUGCAAUUACAUUUGGACCUGGUCUAGGACUAACGGAAAACGUUGAAAAUACUACGAAACUGAUAGAUUAUUGCAAACAUUCUAACAAGCCUAUUGUCAUUGAUGCUGAUGCUUUGCAUAUCGUUACUCAAAAUCCAUCACUCAUAGAAGGUUAUGAUAAAACUAUUCUUACUCCAAACACUGUUGAGUUUUCAAGAUUAUAUUAUUCUGUGGUAAUUAUGUCAAUAAUAUACUCAACGCAUUUAUUCAGUUUUCGUCUCAACCAUAUGAUACCAAAGAUGCGACAAGAUCUCUUGCUGAAAAACUUGGUGUCACCAUUGUCCAUAAAGGUCCUACAGAUAUUAUAUCAAAUGGUCAAACAAGUAAUUUUCCUGAUAAUAUAUGGCUUUUCUACUAAAUUGCGUUCAAUAUAUUACUGUGAAUCCUCUGUAAGCGUAUUAAUUUCUAUUACUUAUGUCUUGUUAUUGAUGCAUCUCUUUAUGUAUGCCUCUCAGAAGAAAGCCUCUGUGUAGUGUUAGCUAAACGCUUCGUGCAGUCGUAAUAGUUUUCAAGGACUGAUGUAUUUUUUCUAUCACCUUUAAACACGCAAGGAGAUAACGCAAGAAUAAAUUGAAUGAUUAUCAUAAAAUUUAAAUUUCCCAAUAUUCUUCUCUAUGGUUCCUAUUAUGGGUCCUGAUAAUUAUUUGGGCUGGUUCUUUAGAUUAUAUAUUAUUCAAACUGACUCCUCUUUUUAAUCAAAAAUGUCUCUACUCAUACACUGCAGUGGUCAACGAUUGCAACUAGCCAAAUAGGAUUACGUUCAGUUCCCAGACUAGUUAAUAUCCCAGUCAAUCUGACAGCUGGAACAAGACCAACAGUCUUAAAGAUCUCUGGGGUUGAUCCAUCAAAGCAUGCUUAUCUUCAUCACUUUAUAUAGGCUAUGGAUUUUCCUACUUUAUUAAGAGUCAGGAGGCUUAUGCUGUAAUCCUAUUCAGACUACUUAGUGAAGGUAAAGAAAUGAAAGGUAUUUGGAGAGCAGGCAAUCAGUUCUUCGAAGUGUUUCUUCUAUCGUUCCCGUCUCUUCGAUUAAUAGCAGAUAAUUCUCAUCUCUUUCAGAACUAAUUCCACUAACCCCUUGAUUUUAAAUACCUGUUUCUUUUAUAAGUGUGAAAAGUUAAUCACUGUUGCCUAACUCUAACUUAUUUUCUAUUGCUUUUGCUUUAGCUGCCUACCUUUGUUCCCGAUCAUUGCAUAUACUUUUGAUAGUCUACGCUUGAAUUGCCUUCACUCAUUAUCUUGUUCGGGGCCUAAUGGGUUGAGCAUUUAUCAGUUUAGCAGACAAUCAGUUAGUCACAAUGUAGAACCUAGUACGUAUGUACAACUGUUCAAGUUAUCAGACCUCACUAGAGUAGUGGGAUGAAAUUGUCAAACCAAAUCCCAGAAUAGUAGAGGUAGUAACAGUAUCAGUGGUAAUAGAAAAGACUAGGCAUCAAAGAUACGAUUCGAGAGAAAAAUUUCAAUAGUUGAGAUCAUCAGUCAAUUAAAGCUUGAUAACCACGGAAAACUUGGAGGCACUGGACGGCCGUUUUGUCCUACUGUGGGACUCCUCAGCAGUGCGCAUCUACGAUCCCGCCUCGCAAGAUUCGAUCCCAGGACCUUUCAGUCUCACGCACAAACGCUUAACCUCUAGACCAUUGAGGCGGCAUCCAAUAGUGUUAAUGCCCAACUUCAACUAAUCAGCGAAAUUGAGUGACACAUCCACCAUUGCCAUCAGUGAGUUACUAUCUCACAACGGACCUGGUUGAACUCCAUUGGUCACUGUUUCUCACUAGGACUCCAGGAUAUACCUCUUGAAGCCAGUCACUAGUGAGCACAUGCUAAUUAGUAUCAGAAGGGGUUUUUGCUGAUAUUAUGGUAACUUCAAUAGUUUAAAUCACGAGUCAGUUGAAGCUAGACCACCAUGGAAAACCUAUAAGCACUGGACAGCCGUUUCAUCCCAUUGUGGGACUCCUCAGCAGUGCGCAUCCAAUGUAAACUAGUGAAACAAAAGUAAUAAGAAAUAUGUGGAAUUCAGAAUCUCACAAUUUGGGGGAAGACAACGAACGGAUCACCUGGACCACUGUGAACGAUUUUGAGCCAUGUCAUUCAAAGUCUCUAACCAUUGGUACGACAAUCACGUGGACACCAACCGCGUAGUCUACACCUGUUAACAUGGCCAAGUCCUAUCCUCAAUGACUUCAUGGACUGGACUGAUGUCAUGUUUUGGUUCGUCCGCCCCUAGUUUUCUUCUAGUUCACUCCUACAUAAUUAUGCACCUAGUUUGGUUUAGGUGGAUGAAUAUGCCAAUCCACCAAACAGAAAAUUGGGAUUGAUAGCGUAGCAGAUAAACCUGCACAUCAAUUUCCUGACUAACCUAAUACGACCUCAGUGCUAAGAACACUGAAUCAUUGGUUUACAAUGGUAGUUUGAAAACAUUGAAAAUAUACUUUCCUUUAUCGGUGAAGGAGCUGUCUCAUGUUCAUCAGCUUCGGUAUCUGAAGCAUAAUAACAAAUAAACUGCGUCAAAUAAGGAUGAAAAUACCAGAAAUCACAAGUUUUUCAUCUGCAUAAUUCAGACGAUGGAAGUGUUUUUUUCUAAAGACAUGUAUAUGAGGAGACCGGACAACGUUGACAAACAUUGCUUAAAGAAAUCAAUUCCUUUGACAGUUCACCAUGAACUUUGACUCGAUUAGUAGUGUUCGAAUAGGGAGCCUGUACAAUGCUAAUAUACCUACCCUGUGGGUCUUUCGACUCCACACUGCCACAGAGCCUGACUAUCAGUGGGGUCUAAUACCGCCUCAAGGUCGAGGAACACAACUACAAUUGGACGUCGAAAAUUAUGUCUAUGUUCCGGAAUCUUCCGUAGGGUAGAUUUUUGAUCUAUACAUCCACGUCCAGAUCCGUAACCAGCCUUGUUUCCUUGGGUUCGCUCUUCACGAGCUCUAGUCAGACUUCAAAGUAAUAUUAAGGCUAAUAUUUUAGAUAACUUAUUAGUGAAAGUGAUUUGUAUGUGGUUGACUCAAGAAGAUUUGUGUCCUUUCUUAUAGAUUUGGACGUGUACUCCCCCAGAAUGAACGGCAGUCUCGCAUUGAGCCCCUCCAACCAUGGCUGAUCGCCAUUUAGUCCAUCUGUGUCCACUAUUGAGUAUUUCGUAGGGGUCUCCAUUUUAUACGACCUCUCUUUAUGCCUUGAAUCGAUGCCUACUAAGAAUAAACGAUUGUCUGAAAAAUAUAGCAGACGGUUCCUCUUGUCUGUUCAUUGAGCGGGGACACUGGGACCCCCAUAAGUGCCUAUUACUUUAUUUUAGACUACCUACUUGGGCGUUAAGACUUCCUGCUACAAUUAUGACUUCCAAGCGUCCGGCCUCUUAUAGAAUAGCAGAAAGUUUUCUGGAAAACUGGUCCAAUACUUCAUUUAAUUUUGAUUGUAACUAGUGUUUGUCUAAAAAGUGUUCGGUCACUGGAGAAUUCACCACACUGAUUUAGUUGAGUCUUUAGACAAUUGAAAUCUCAAUUACAAAUAGUGUAUACAUUUGUCCAGCGUUCCAGAUGCAUCUUCGAAACAUCUAAAUAUACCAUACCAUAAUAAAGACUCUACAUAUCUUUGUUUGCACGUGUUUGUUUCAUCAUGAUAAUUUCUGCAACGCGCAAAGAUGUAGCAAAUCGACCAUUUCAUUUGCGUUAUAUUGUUCUAAAAGAUCCUUUUGAUUUUAUUGUGGUCUAAUAGCAGCUACUAUCCAUUCUCUUAAUAUCAUCUCUUCAUAUUUCCAAAUUUUUCUGGGUAAUAAAGAUCUAAAUCCUCACUUUUUAGUCCAUUUUAAUCAACGUAGGUCUUCUGCAACCAACCUUAAAACGAGAAAUUAUUUAGGUGAAAUCUCGAUCUAACUACAAAGACUCAGAUAUCAAGACGGGAUUAUUAACUCCUACUCAAUAAGCGGUGUAGUCCUUAUGUUAAAAGGGGUUGUCGAACUAUAAUUAUUUUAAAACAAUUAGUCCCUUUGAUAAAUUUUGAUAAUGAUAUUUGAAGACGAAGGUAAUCAGAACUAUGUGAUAUAUUAGCGCAAUACAUUUCGAACAAUCUGGUCACACAUAUACUUGUUAAGAGCAUUUAUAUAUAAAAAUAAAAGGUCAACUAGACAGGAAACGGGGUAAAAGGAGAUAAGGAUAAUAAUAAUAAUAAUAAUAAUAAUAAUAAUGUGAACACAAUUUGAAACCUAAUCACUCUGGAUAAUAAGUGAAUAUUACCAGGGUAGGUUUAAGGUAAGAACAAACUGUUUUUGAACACACAAAGGGGGUUUGAAUUUUCGUAUGGCUAAGGCUUCAAUAAACCUUAGUAUACGCCCUUUUACACUUUUAUACAACACUACGAAAGCUGAAUUUAGAUCAAUCUUGUGACCUGUUUCAAUUAUAUGUUUAGCAAUAGAGGAUGGUGGAUGUUUAUCCUCUGCUCUUAUCGUGUCAAUUGAUUGUAUUUGUUUCUGAAGUCAUUUGGGUACAUGUUCACUCACCCUAAUGUUGAGAUGACGUAUUUGUACCAAUGACGCCAUUGAUGAUGAUGUUAAGUUGUUAAAUAAAACGUUAAUAGAAAAUGGCUAUCCUCUGAAAUUCAUAAAUCGAUGGAAAGUCCAUGGUACAGUGAGACCUACUGUAGCCUCGGUAUAGAAAGUCAGUCAGCUACAAUGUAGGACCAGGCACAUAUAUGCAUCGGUCCACGUUGCCAUACAUAAUUAGCACAACAAUAUGAACACUGGACUCAUAGGAGUGGUUAAGUCAAUGGUAGUAAUAUAUAAAGGAAAGAUUGUAUAUAAGGAUAUAGUACAGGAAGAUAGAAUUAUUUCGUAGAAAGAAAGAUAUGAAGCGAUUUUAAUCUCUUAGUUUAAGGGAAGACAGCGAGUGUAUACACCGACGCCAUUGUGAUCGAUUCUGAGCCGUGUCACCAAGAGUCUCCAACCAUUGUUACGAUAGUCACGCGGACCCCAACCAAGUAGUCCGCAUCUACCAACAUGGCUCAGACUAGAAGUUAAUGUCUUCAAGCACUGAUGCCACGUUUUGGUUUGGCCGCCUCUAACUUUCUUCCAACCAUCCCCUACACCGGUUAGCAUUGCACGUCUUGGUAAUCGGUGUUCGGGCAAACGUAACACGUGGCCCAACCAUCUCAGUCGAUGAAGAUUCAUAACCUCAUCAACUGAUUUACCAUCAUUCCCCAAUACCCUGCGUCUAACCUCACUAUUACUUACCCGGUGAUCCCAGCAGAUGCCAACAAUAUUUCCAAAGCAUCUGUGGUCAAAUACCAGUAGCUUACGAGUGUCUUCUACUCUUAAUGUCCAUGUUUCGCUGCCAUAAAUUAAAACAGAACGGACUGCCGCGCAGUAUACUCGUCCUUUUAUUGAUAGACGGAUAUCUCGCCCUCUCCAUAGGUGACGUGAGUUGGCAAAAGCCAAGUGAGCUUUUCGAAUCCGUGCCGAGAUUUCGUCAGACACCAACCCAUUAGGGCUGAUUAGACUUCCAAGAUAAGUGAAGUUGUCGACGCGUUCGACUACUUCACCCCCUAUUCUUAGUUCAGGUGUUGACGCAGACCAGUUCUGAAGCAACAACUGGCAUUUAGAGAGAGAGAAGCGCAUUCCAAACAUUCUGGCAUUGUUGCUUAGUGCUACCAAAAGAUUCUGCAUUUUAUCAGCGUCUUCACCAAACAGGACUAUAUCAUCUGCGUAUUCUAAGUCGAUAAGUGGACCUCCUGGAAGGAGACCAAUACCCGAGAAUUCAGUAGACGAGAAUGUUAUUUCCAUCAGUAGGUCUAUGAUGAAGUUAAACAAAAAUGGAGAAAGUGGACAGCCUUGACGGACACCAUUUGAGGUUGCAAAAGCAGACGACAGUUCGUCAUAAGCUCUGACUCGACUAGUAGUGUUCGAGUAAAGAGCCUUUACAAGGUUUAUGUACUUCUGAGGUACGCCUUUCAAUGACAGACACUGCCGCAAAACCUCUCGGUCUACAGAGUCAAAUGCUGCUUUUAAGUCAAAAGAGACCACCAUUGUCGGACGCCGAUAAGUAUGCCUAUGUUCUAGAACCUGACGAAUGGUAAAUAUGUGGUCGAUGCAGCCAAGACCAGGUCUGAAGCCAGCUUGAUUCUCUCGUGUUUGCAGUUCACGAGUCUUAGUUAGGCGUCCGAUAAUUAUCGAGGCUAGUAUUUUAGAUACUAUAUUUGUUAAACUAAUCCCUCUAUGGUUGUCACAGGAUGAUUUUGACCCUCUCUUAUAUAUUGGGACGAUAAGUGAUUGUGACCAGUCAAAUGGAAUAACGUCUGACUCCCAGAUCUUAGCUAAAAUAUUAGUCAACCUAAUCGCUAAAAUUGGACCAUCAUCCUUAGAGACCUCUGGAGCCAAUCCAUCUGGACCAGGUGCCCUUCUUCGUAUCAAAUUAACUAUGGCCUUUUAAACUUCAGCUAGAGUUGGGGGACCUACUUCAAUGUCCCAUUUACACUGUCUAUGAAUGGAGGGUAGUUGUAGAGUAGCUGAAUGCCAGCUGAACCGUUCUCCAAAAUGUUCCGUCCAUCGUUCUAGACGUCUGGACUGAGAGCAGAUGAGGGUGUCGUCUUUUUCUGAAAUAGUCUGACCUACACUUGAUUUAUUAAUUCAUGUUUCUUUUAUUAGUCUGUAGAGCUGUCUUGUGUUCCCUAUAGCCGCCGCCUUUUCCAUCUCUUUUGCUUUCGUUGCCCACCACUGCUCACGGUCGUUCCUUAGACUUUUGCCUAACUUAGAUCUGAUUUGUUUUCGAUCUGUUUUGCUUAAACUACCUAUCUGGGCAUUUUAGUCACCUCCUACGAGUACUAUGUCUGAAGGUUUAGCUUUUUGAAAAAGUUCCGAGAGCUUUCACUUCAUCCGAGCUGCAGUCAGUGGGAACGUAGGCAGAAAUGACAAAAGGGCAACGACGUGUGUCCCUAUCCUUCCGAGUUCUUACGAAGCCGUUAAGCCGAACAGCUCAUAAAGGACUGUUAACGGGGAUCCACUCUAAUAGUGCUUGUUCCGCCCUCAUGCUUAGCGCUAUGCCUAUACCUGCCAGCCCACGAGAACUUGCCAUCGGGUCACCAGAUACACGGAGGGUUUAUCUCGUCUGCUCUCUGUUUUGCCGAGGUAAGGUCGAGUGAAUGACCACACUGGAAUCCUGUAUGCGUGUUUCAGAGACACAGCAUACAUCAAUGGUACCAGAUUCUAGGGUUCUAGCCAAGGAAGCCUGUUGACCGAUUUGACAUAGGGUGUGUACGUUGAAGGCUCCAAUGUGUAGUUCGGAGAGAGGUUUCAGUAGACCUGGGGCAGUGUUUUGCGCACAAGAAUCGUUGGUUAUAGUGACACUUGAGGGGGAAGCCGAAAAAGGAAGUUUAGAGUCGAUGUAGGAUGAAUAAUAGGAAUUGAAGAGGGAGAUUGAUUAUGAACACAAUGGUCUUGAGUGCCGUUAGAUGUAUGAGGGCGGUUAUCACUUUUCGGUUUCCCACACCGUGGAAGGGUCCUCCUGCAGGUACCUGGAAAGGAAAUUGGAUUAGAUGUGGUCUUGGUAACCUGAGAGCGUGACCGCAGUGCCCAAGGGACAACUGCUUGAGGUCGGUCACACACGACGUUUUUAUGGGUAAUUUUUGUGUUAGCUCCGUACUUGUUGAGACCUUACCGACGGAGACGGAUAUCCAUGGGAUAAGGCGAGGUGUGCAUUUUUAGGGUCGACCUUUUCUAACCCCACCCCUCCUUGUGGGUAGGCAAUGUCAUUGUCAUGCUGUUUGUUUGAAGGAAACACCUUACUGCUGUCACACCUCUGUACAGUCAGCAGUACGACUUCGCCUUCGGACCUUGAGUUUGUUGAUUUUAGUCUUACCGCUCUUCAACCGACCUGUCUGACAUGGUAGGACUUUGAGGAACGGUUGUUCCAGCCAGUAUAGUUCGGUUGCUUCAUCACGAUAGGCAAGCCCGACCACCACGUCAUGGUAUCAACAACGGUCGGGUUGUCAGAUUACUAGCCCUUGAACGUUACUAUUCUUUCCUCUGGGUUAUUAUAUUGCAACAGAAGUAUGUGUAGUAAAUGUUCGAGAAUUGCCAACUUUAAAUAAAAAUGACCUGUUUGUAAAGAGCUAUCCUGUUACUACGUUCACCCAUAAACAUACCUAUUAGUAUUUAACUCACUUAGAAAUUCGCUUUCAACCUCUUUAGUUUCAUCACUAUAAUUAUAUUGGUCAUUCCAUCUUAUCGUUUGAUUUUAUUUAAUAACAGCUGUACAGUGUGUAGAUCAAGGAUCACCCCGCAGAUGCGGUGGACAGGGCGAUGUUCUAUCUGGUACAAUGUCAGUGUUCAACUACUGGUUUCACCAAAUUAACGAUAACAAUCCGAAUCUACUGUUUACAGCUACUAUUGGAGCUGCAUUUGCAGCUUGUUCUCUUACACGAAGAUGUUCACAAUUGGCAUACACUAAAUACGGUCGUUCUAUGAUAACUACGCAAAUGUUGCCAGAAAUACAUAAUGCAUUCGAACAACUAUUCGCUAAAACACCAAACGCAUGAAACAAAAUAUCACGCUUUUCUGUAUUUUAAACAAACCUGAUUGAGUUGAUUUCAUCAAAUACAUAUUAACUUUGUACUGUAAUUGACUAACAAGUCCCAAAGCAAUUCUGUUUAGUCUUGUAAAGGAUGUAACUUCUUGCAUCUUUGCUACUGUCUUCCACAAAUUAUUGUUGUCAGUAAGCGGGACUUAUGCCAAAAUUCUAGUUCAACUGUGACACGUAGUUGGAAUUGAGUCGCUUCGUGAUUGAGUAAUCCCAUCGUCAACUUUUCGCUUUAAUAAUUACAGGCCAUCUUGUCCAACUGGUUCCCGAGACUUUCAUAACCAUCCUCAAUCACAUUUCCGGUCGACUACCAUUCUGCAAAAAAACUAUAUUUACCUUAAAGUAGUAUGCAGAUUUGUUUUCGAUUUUUUAUUGUAAGGUAAGUGGAUUGUAGAUACCACAAUAACUUAAGAAGCUCCUAAUGAUAAGAAAUUAAGGCUUCUGUUAACGAGUUUGGUUUUAUUACUUGAAGUCAUUUCAAAUAGUCCGAUAGCAUUGUACGGAAUUAAAGCUUAUACUUACCGAAAAAUGUAUGUACUAAGCUCUAUGGGUCUUUAUUAAUUAAAUACAUAUUGAAUAAUUGAGAUCGAGGAAAAGCGAUCAGGACUGACCGAAGUCACUAGCAUUUCAGCGUCAGUCAGUCAGUAACAACGUAGAACUUCGUACGUACAUCAGUUCGAGUUGCCACACCACAUCAGCACAGAGAUGCAGUUGUCGAUUCAAAACUCGUAGUGGUAGAGGUAAUAAGAGUAUAAGCAGUAAUCGGGGAGAUUAGGGUUUGGAGAUGUUAUUUAAAGAGUAUAAUUCAGUGAAAUAAAUUUGGAAAGAGAAAAAAGAGACAAGGAGGAUUCAGGAGAUUAGAAUUUGGGAGAACACAAAAAGUGGAUGCACCUGUGUCAUUGCAAACGAUUUUGAGCCAUGUCAUUCAGAGUCUCUAACCAUCGGUUGCUAUCAUCUCGCGGUCCCCAACCAGAUAGUCUACACCUACCAACAUGACUCAGCCCAUUUGUCAGUGACUCCAUGGAUUUGUGCCAUGUUUUGGUCUGGCUGCCCCUAGCUUUCUCCCAACCGAUUCCUACACCAUAAAACAUCGCUCAUCGGGGCAUCCGGUGGUUGGGCAUACGUAACACGAGUUCCAACAAUCUCAACUGAUGAAAUUUCACUACUUCAUCAAUUGAUUUGUCAUCAUUACCUAGUACCCGUUUCCUAACAACCGCAUUACUUACUCGAUGGUCCCAGGAUAUACGAGCAGUGUUUCGAAGACACCUAUGAUCAAAUACUAGUAACCUACGAAUAUCCUCUACUCUUACCGGCCACGUUUCACUGCCAGAAAGUAGGACGGAACGAACUGCUGAGCAGUAAACACGUCCUUUGGUUGAUAGACGGAUAUCUCGCCUACGCUAUAAAUGACGCAAGUUGGCAAAAGCUAGUGGAGCCUUCUGUAUCCUAGCUAAAACUUCGUCACACACCAGACCUCAAGGGCUAAUGAGACUUCCAAGAUAAGUGAAACGGUCGACACGCUCAAGUACUUCACUCCUUAUCAUUAGUUCGGGUGUCGAUGCACCCCAAUCCUGAAGCAACUUUUUGCAUUUCGACGGGGAGAAUCGCAUGCCAAACAUGCUUGCAUUGUUGCUUAGAGUGGUUCAGAAGACCGCAUUUUGUCAGCGUCUUCAACUAGAACUAUGUCAUCGGCAUAUUCCAAGUCAACAAGUGAAUCUGCUGGUGGAGGUUGAACCUUUGGAAAUUUAGAUGAGGAAAUUGUUAUCUCUAAAAGUACGUCAAUGACAAAGUUAAACAAGAACGAACACCACUUGAGGUAAUCAAUUCUGAUGACAGUUCGCCAUGAGCUCUCACACGACCAGUUGUGUUCGAGUAGAGAACCUUUUCAAGGUUAAUGUACUUCUUUGGUACUCCUCUCAAUGACAAACACUGCGUCCAGUUCCCAAAUUCUACCUAAGACCUCAGUUAAUCUCACUGCUAACACUGGACCACCAUCCUUGAAAAUCUCAGGAGUAAACCUGUCAGGGCCUGCCGCUCUCCCUCGCUUCAGAUUUCUUAUAUCUUUUUCAAUUUCAUAAAGAGUCGGAGGACCUACAUUAACUUGCCAUUCAGGUUAACUAGAGAUCGUGGGAAACCGAAGUGUGGCUGAAGG